UCAUCAACUUCACGUUGACAAAAUGCUGAGGAAUCAAACAAACCACACCGAGGACUUUCUCUCCUGCCACAGUCCUUCUGUUGAAAUCUACCGGUACUUCGCUGUGCUGUUGGGAUGUGCUGUAACCAUCACGGGUACGGUCGGGAACCUGAUGACCGUUCUGGCUUUUGCCUUUGACCCACAUCUGAGGACUCGCUUCAACGUGCUCAUUGUCAACUUGGCUGCAUCUGAUCUCUUGUACUGCACCAUCCUGCAGCCCUUCUCCGUCGACUCCUAUCUACACCUCAGGUGGCGCAGCAGUGAGCUGUGGUGCAGAGUCUUUGGCCUGCUCCUCUGCCUCUCCAACUCUGUCUCCAUCAUUACCCUCUGCCUGGUAGCAGUGGGCAGAUAUCUCCUGGUCGCAAAGAGAGCUGUGUUUGACCGUGUUUUUUCUAACCACGGUCUUACUUUACUCAUCAUCUUUGCGUGGGCACUCGGCCUGGUCAGCUUUGGUCCACUCUGGUCUGUCUAUGUGUUUGUGCCACAGGUGUGCACAUGCAGCUUCCAUCGUACCCGGGGUCGUCCUUACACCACCAUCUUGCUAGUUUUCAGCUUUCUUGUUGGCCUGAGCUGUGUUGGUGCAUUCUACCUGCUCAUUUACAAACAUGUUCUGGUUGCAUCACAAGCGCUGCUCCGUUACAGGUUCAGCCAACAGUCAUCCAGGAGGAAACCAACACCAGCUCAAGAGACUGACGAUAGUAGUGUAAAUUCUGUCAUAACAAACACGUGCGGCCAGGCAGAACUUGCUCAGGGUAUAGAGGCAGCUGGUGAAAAGUCCUGCCAGUCUGCUCAAAGUUCACUUAAGACCUUAAAAACUGAGCCCACAUCUGAAGCUGACCUUGCACCACCUACUCCCACAGAUGCAAUGCUGGCAUCACACUCGACAGUUGCAGUGGAUGAAAAGGAAAUUAAGCACAUAACACGGAUGUGCUUAACUGUUUUUCUGUGCUUUGUGUUCUGCUAUGUCCCCUUUAUGCUGCUGAACACAGCCGACAAACAGAACCAUGCCCCUCAGGUACUAUACAUGUUCUUUUCCAACCUCACCUGGCUCAACAGCUCCAUCAACCCCGUGCUCUAUGCUGUCAUGAAUCGCAGGUUUCGACAGGCCUAUCACAUGCUGCUCACCAAGGCUGCUGAACCUUUCACCCACCUGUGUAUCCGUCACACAGAUCAGCGUUGA